AUGUCCGCAUCAUUAUCGUCUCAGCAUCUGCCCCCGGUGAGGCUCCCUGAGCCAUGGAAAACGACGUACGAGAUUCAUGUGAUAUCAGAGACGGAAAAUCAUCCUCCACUCAGCCUCAGACUUGCUCAGAAUCAACUUCCUGGAUCUAUAUUACCGCCAGAUCCUCUUCAUCACGAAUCCUUGACUUUCAGCGACCUCGUGUCUGGACUUGAUUCCUUUGCGCCGGUUACAGGAGACAAUUCGCCUUGGGCCAGAUACCAUCAGAGUUUAAUCUCCCACGUUUCCUGGGAUGAAGCUGGAGUUCCCACUGUUGGUCAAAUAUGGAAUUUGAUUUAUGCCAUCGUCACGUUGUACCCAGACCAGGAACGUUUUCGUCUAGAAUUUACAGGAAAUCAUCACGAGGACCUGUCAGAAGCACUUCAAGCCACAGGGAUUGCAACACCACGGCCCAGGCCAUCACGCCCAGAACACUCAUCAAUGCCUUCUACAAUGGGCUCUCAGGUCUCUAUAUCCCGCUCGGCUUUCUGGCAAGGAGCAGCGUCGCCGUUUGGUUCCCGACCAGUUUGGGUCGCACAUCCAGGACUCUACAGGCACCUUCCACAGCCAAUAACGUCUUACCCAGCAUUCCCUUGCGAGCAUACAGUGACCUUCAGUGUGGAAGGUCGGCCGAUCCACGCGCAGCAUCCAAUCCGCCCGCCAAAACCAACGCGUGGUGCCGUGAUCUACAGUCGCUACGUAUCGCACCUCGACGAGUUCUUCUCCAUGAUCCAUCUCGAUUGGCGGGAUGAAAAGCACCUCAAACUAUUUCAUGAGUGGCAAAACGAUCCCCGUGUUUCUCAAGGUUGGAAUGAAACCGGUACUUUGGAGCAGCACCGCGAGUACCUACGAAAGAUGGAUGAGGACCCCCAUCAAAUGGCGAUACUGGCUAAGUUCAACGAUACUUACUUCGCAUACUUUGAGAUCUACUGGGCAAAGGAGGAUCACAUGGGUGUUUACUUGUCCCCAGCGCCCGGGGACUGGGAUCGCGGUAGACACUCACUCGUGGGCGAUGUCAGGUACCGUGGGCCACACCGUGCCUCAGCCUGGUGGUCAAGUUUGAUCCACUAUCUCUUCCUUGAUGAUCCUCGAACCAUGACUGUGGUUGGGGAGCCAAAAUACACGAAUUCCAACGUCCUCCGGUAUGAUGCCGAAAAUGGAUUUUACAUUCACAAGUUGGCCGAUCUGCCUCAUAAACGAUCAGCCAUCGUGAAGUGCGAGCGCAUCCGGUUUUUCCAAGCCGUAGGAUUUGGUCUGCAAGGAGGCAACAUUAAGAUCGCAGACGGCGGUGGCCGGAAAACUGUCAAUUCUAAGGCGUCGAGUUCCAAGCGGCAGGUAUCAUCACGACUUUGA